GGGAACGAAAAAAAAGAUAGAAACCCUAACGCCGGGAGCCACGGGUAACCUCCUCGUCAAGCGUCGCCACGCCCGGAGAUCGGCGAUGGCCACUACCUCCUCUAAAACCCCAUCCACCACCGACACUGCCGUAGUUGCUGCCUCCCCUGCGGCACCCAAUUCUUUCGAUUCGACGAUGCAGAGGCUCCCUCUCUCCGUUGAUCAGUUACGCCACUGCUCCGAAGCUUUAGAAUGCUUCAAGGCCAGGAAAUGCAACUCUCCACAAACUAUCCGUCAAGAGUUUCAGACCUUGCAGGCAAAUAGGACGAGAGCUUCGGACAUGAUAAAUAGAUGUACUGUGGCACUUGACAGCUUAAAUUACUCCAAGAACCGUUAUACUGAUGUCUUGCCAUUUGAUGAUAACAGGGUUAUCUUAAAGCAAUGUACAGAUUACAGAUCUUCAGCUAGGGGGUAUAUCAAUGCAAGCUUUGUUACGACUUCUGAAAGUGUCUCUCGGUUUAUUGCGACUCAAGGUCCGCUUUCGCACACUUCUGAGGACUUCUGGGAAAUGAUAAUCCAGUAUCACUGCCCUGUCAUAGUUAUGCUUACCCGGCUGGUUGACAAUUACCGUACAGUGAAGUGUGUUGAUUAUUUUCAAGCAGAGGAUGGACCUAGAGACUUUGGUAACAUAUGCAUCUCCACCAAGUGGAUACAAACAGCAGAUAAUUCAUUAAUCUUGCGAUGCUUAGAAGUCAAAUACAAAGAGUCAGAGGAACCACCAUUGUCUGUUUUGCACGUUCAGUACCCUGAAUGGCCUGACCAUGGAGUUCCCAAAAACACUCUUGCUGUUCGUGAGAUCUUCAAAAGGAUAGCUGGUGUCCCCCCUAGUCUUGGGCCAAUUGUUGUUCACUGCAGCAGUGCAGGUAUUGGUAGAACUGGAACAUAUUGUGCCAUCCACGACACUAUCCAAAGAAUUCUUAUUGGGGACAUGACCGCUUUGGACCUUGUUAAUACCAUAACCACUUUUAGGUCACAGCGAAUUGGGAUGGUGCAGACACUGGAUCAGUAUCUCUUCUGCUAUGAUGCGAUUAUUGACGAACUUGAAAGCCUCAUUUUGGAUAGCAACUCUUGUGGGCUUAACCCAUGACAUUGAAUUGAUUAUAAGUAGUGGAGAAGAAUGUUAACGCACACAUCUUAAAAUUGCGGAAUCUUCUUGGCAAGAAUGAAAAUGCUGUAGUACAACUAACAGUAGGGGGAAAGGGCAAACUGCAUGUAAUAUUUGGUGUAUCAUCUAUGGUGAUUGAUGCCAACUGUAUAGAUAGCUAGAGCUCAUUGUAAACCCUGUAUCUUAGGAUGGUGAAGGUGUUAUGGACUUUUCGUUGGAAAAGAGCUGUUUGCAUUGUUUGCACAUCUUCAA